AUGUUUUGCUUCCAAAGCCCCUUCACGCGAUCGUCGCGUGGCGUGGUGUCCGCCGCGUCGCUGUCGACGGGCAAGAGCAAGUCCUCGCUGACCGACGCGAUCCUGUCGCCCACCGUCAAGACGGCCAACGCGAGCGAGCGCAACCGACGCGGCUCCGAGGCGACCAGCGAGGGCUCCAACUCCUCCAUCAGAUACAUCGACCAGGAAGCCUCGAUAUCCGGCGGUAGCAGCACGGACACUCUGCCGGGUAUCCGUGCCGAUUACCUCGACCCCGAACCCCUGUCGCCCGCGGCGGACGCUCUGACCUCGCCGAGCGGCAUAACGGUGAUUUUGAACGGCAACAACGGCACCAGCAACGAGCGACAGAUCCUUCUGCAGGACGAGAGUCUGCAUCAGACCGCGCGUUCCCCGCCGUCGCCGACGAAGAAGUCGAACAACAACGGCAACAGCUGGCGCCGCAAGCUCAUGCUGCGCCUUCGCUCCAACGAUUCCACGAACUUGAGCAACGGCGAGGCGCGCUCCACCUCGACGUCACCCUCGCCCGCGAGCGAGUCAACGGCGGAGUCCUCGUCCUCGUCGAGGAACCCACGUGCGGACGAGGGGCAGCAAGGCGGCAACGCCACGGCGACGACCGUCUCGUCGCCGUCGGUGCAGAUCGACGUGAUCGAGAGCCCUCAGGUGGCCGCCGCAUCCGUCGGCGACAUAGCAUCCCUGGAGAACGGCUUCAGCGACGACGAGGAGGACGAGGAGGAGGCCUGCCCGGAGACCGAGACGGAGGAGGGCUCGUCCUUGCCGUCCAGCCCCGCGGCCGCGUCCACUGUCGGCCUGACCACCUCCACGGCGCCCUACUACGACUUCCUGUCGGUGAACGGCGGCACGAUGCGGCAGGAGACCACCAGCACGAGCUCGCCACAGCUGUCGUCCGGCGCGAGUCUACGUUCGAGCGUGGAGUCACCGCCCGCCGACACCUGCAGCUCCUACGGCGAGGACAGCAGCCCGGGCAUGGACUCGCUGAAGCCCGAGGGUCUGGACGCGUCCGGGUGCCUGCCGGCCGCGCGAUCCUGCCCGAAUCUGGAGCGGCAGAGCGCCGGCUGCUCGUCGGCCAGCGGCUCGUCGAGCCCGAGCCCGAGUCCGGGCCCGGCCGGGCCCCGUUUCAAGCCCCUCGAGGAGGGCGACAUACAGGUGUGCUACCUGAAUCACACCCGGACCCUCGUGAAGAAGAUCCUGUCCAGCAAGUUCCUCAGACGCUGGGAGACCCAUCACCUCUAUCUCAACGACGCCUGCCUGUCCUCCAAGACGCUCACGGGUUUUCUUCAGCAAGCCGUUCCGUACAGCAGCAUGUCGGAGGUCCGGAAGUACGUCGUCGCCAGGUGGGAUCCCGCGUACAAGAACUGCCUCAGCAUCGUCCUGCCGGACGGUUCGCUCCUUCUGCAAGCCAGCAACGCUUAUACGAGGGACCAGUGGUACCACUCAAUAUUAUGGAAGAAAAGCAUCUUCAAGUAUCAGCACCUCGUGUCGACGAGCACUCGGGAAGAGGUGAUACUGCGUGAAUUGCGCACCAUGGUGGACUUCGCCCUGUGGACGCCGCUCCAGGACGAGAGGGUGGCGGGCGCGCCGCUGGAGGCGGUCGCCAAAUUGCUGGACGAGACCAGCAGCGUGCAGGAGGCCGACUCGGACGGGAAAGCCGAGGAGGUCGUGCGCGACCGCAGGAGCUGGGCGGAGGCCGUGCUGGCCGUGGUGGCACCGCUUCUGGAAAAAGCGGCGCCGCCGGCGGCGCUGGCGCGGGCGCUCGUCAAACUGGCGCAGCAGCAUCCGCGAUCGCAGCUGGUCCCGAUGCUCAGCCCGGCGAUCACGAGAUGCCUGAAGCACACCGUUGACUUUGGCAAGUCGCCGGACAUGAGGAAGCUGCUGCAGGUGUUCAUUGCCGCUUUGUACGAGAACAACGACGGCGAGCAGGCGAUCAGGGACUACAUCUCGUCGGUGCACGGGCCGGGUAGCGAUUGUCCGCACCCUCGCAUACUUCCCAAUCUCGUGUCCAUCUGCGUCGCGGCCAUAUUCCACAGAUUCGAGGUGUCGAGUCGCGCGUCAUCGAACGAGGACAAAUCGCCGCCGUUGCCGCCGUUGCAGUGUUAUCUGCUCGUCCUGAAUAUCGCAUCGGAGUACACCGACUGGCGUCCGGGUCUCGGGGCACUGCUACAGCCGGUCCCGUUCCCGGAAGAGGCUCUGGCCGUGAGAGAGGUGCAGGAGUCCGUGCUGAUGUGCGUGAUGCAACGACUGGCGAAAGACCCGAGGUGCACGGUGCAUCGCGUCCUGCUGCCCGUCAGAGAACCGCGUCCAGGUUGGAUCCACAUCGCCGCGCCGUCCAGCCCGGCCUGUCCAGAUCGCGGAGAACUGUUCGGCGAGAUGCUCACGACUCUGCUGGCGUGCUGCUGUCGGCGGAAGAGGUUCAUCGCGUCCCUGCUGAAGCAGGCGGGCGACGAUUGCAUUCUGCUGGCGGUGCGGGGCUGCGACGCCGCGCAGGAGGCGCUCUGCCUGAUGCUCGAGUGGCGUUUACUGCCGAACGAGGAGGCGAGGCUUCAGAUCGUCAACGCGCUCGAGUCCACGGAAUCCGGGAAGGAGCGCUACGCCGCUCUCUGCCAGAGGCAGAAGAAUCUGCAGGAGCUGCAACAAAAGGGCGGACCCCGGAAACUGACGCUACCGGUACGCGCGACUGACGCCGACGUCGCCCUCCUGCUCGGCGGUCGUGCCCUCGGUAAUCUCGAAUGCCUCAGCCUGGCCUUCACCUCCGUGACGUCCGCGUGCGCGGAACAAUUGAUAAAGUUGCCGGCGCUGAGAUACCUGAACCUGUGGGCUACGCAGUUCGGCGACGCCGGCCUACAGAUGAUCAGCGAGCAUCUGCAGAAGCUGCAGGUGCUGAACCUCUGCGAGACGCCCGUGUCCGACAAAGGCAUCUCCACAUUGGCCUCAUUAACCAGCCUAAGGAAAUUGAAUCUGAAUAGCACGAAGCUGUCGGCUCAGACGUUCGAGUCGUUAAAGAAGCGGCUGCCGGCCCUGCAGGAAUUCGACGUUCGAUACACGGAGGCCUGGUGACCCGAGGUCACGUCCGGCACCUCGCCCAUCGGCGGUAGCGAUCGCCGUGACGUGAAAACGAAGAAGCAACGCUGAGGUGCUUGGUCGUUCCCAGAAGAAGAUUCCAGAGACACGUCACGAGGUGACGUUUCGUAUUCUCGGUGUAAAUCAAUUCGAUUGAAUAUCGAGCACUCUGGGCGCGAUAAAUUCGUUCGUAUUGCUUCGAUUUUCCUAGUACGCGACGUUCUCGAACGGCAUAACGAUCGCUGAAAGCUACUGGGAUCUUUGCCAGCGAGGCAAACUUUCCAGAGGGACGGAAACGAAGUCUUCUACACCGUGCAGGAUGAGAGUGAAGACCUUUUACCGUGUUUUUAUCUCGCUACUUCCGGUUUAAUUGAUCGAUGGAUUAUUCUUUUCAGACGGCGAUAAGUACGCGCGAUGGAUCGACGACUAUCAAUAUAACCGCGCCACGUUCCAUUAAACGUCUCUUCCAUUUUUCAACUGAUAUUAUUUACGCGAGACGUCAGGUCAAGGUUUUUCUUCCGCAAAACUCGCGCUAGUUGGGAUACCUCGAUGUGCCCGCGACGAACAUUGCUUCAAAAGCGUUCCUGCCGCGAUCGAGACGGGAGACUCGCGGAGGAACAUUCCAGCAUCGCGAACUCAGACAUCACGUUUCCAGGAAAGACGCGCAUUCGUUUGAAUAAAUAUCGGCGAGCGACAGAACCGUCUCUCGGGUAUAUUUGCAUAGAAUUCCAUUCGAGACACACGCGAGACGGCACGUGUAACGAUCGGAGAGAGUCGCCGCGAGCGUCAGAGUCGGGGAACGCGAGUCGUUCGCGCGAGUGAGUCGUCUACCUGGGGACGCCGAAGGGAGCAUUUGCAUAGACGCGCAUGUAUCGCGCCCGCCUCCGACGUUUCCGAUCGAAAACUGAUCGCUAACAGUCUUAACUUUCGCGCGACUCCAAAGGCCAGUUUUGUCGAGCGUCAACUUUAACAAUAACUUCAGCGAGUCCUUCCUCCAUCCGUUUCCUAUAGCUCUGGGAAAAGGUUACUUAUUUUCGCUCGUUUUUACGCUGUACGUUUUAAAACGUCAGAAGCGUAAUGCAUCUUCCUCCUCUCAUUCAGUUCCCAGUGUCUCUUUCGUACACGUGUAUGUACACUAACGAAGAUUACAAAUAUUGCCGUUCGACUUUUAGUCUCGAGUUAUAAGUCGAACUUAUCAAUUCGCGCCGAUGUUGAAAGUUGAAAGUCCGUUUCGAUCCGCGUCACGAGAAGAUUCUCUCUGCUAACGGGGAGUGAAAGCUGCGACGUCAGUGAAAAAGAAAUAGAAUAAAGUUAUUUCUGGCGAGUAGCUUCGCGUAAUGAGAGCCUGUUCCUGCCUGCAAUCUGGCUUCUCGUGCAAGACAAGAAAAAUCGUCGGACUCUUCACCAAAUCGUCAUCCGAUAGACGAUGCUGAUCACAAGAGAGUCCUGGCGGAUAACCAGCGGACAACCAGCGAAGAUCACGUUGGUGACGACAAUGAUAUCGCGACGAUCCAUUCCUCGCGCGAUCUCCGACGCGAAACGAAGACUGUUCCCAAUCGUGUGUCAGUUGCUGGAUCGCAGCCGCCAAUCGAUUCCUCUUGCGUGAAGUGUC